GGGCUCGAGGAAGGCCAGGUGACAAACCCUUCCACAAGGAGAGGCGGGCGGGCAAGUUCUUCCGCCGUAGGAGGGACGGCACUGGGCCUGAAUUGCGCGUUGGUGUAGGACGAGCAAGCUGUGAGAGGUUCCUGGCAGGUCAUCAACGGUGGUGAAUAAACUACCAGGUAGCGAAGAAAAGCCCCUUCUCGGAGCGGCGGGUGAGGGCGCAGCGGGAUAAAGAGGAUCAAAACAACAAUAGUCGGUCUCUUCUGCUUCCCGCCAUAGCCAACCAUGGUUCUCAAGACGGAGAUUUGCCGCUUUAGCGGUGCCAAGAUCUACCCUGGCAAGGGAAUCCGAUUCAUUCGAUCGGAUUCGCAGGUGUUCCUGUUCGGUAACUCAAAAUGCAAGUCGCUCUUCCAUCUUAAGAAGAAGCCGUCCAAGCUGGGAUGGACGGCUCUUUAUCGAAAGCAGCACAAAAAGGAUGCCCACGCCGAGACCCAGCGCAAGAGGCGGAGGACCAUAUCGAAGCCAAUCAACAGGUCGAUCGUUGGUGCUUCCUUGGAAGUGAUCACGAAGAGGCGAACUGAGAAGGCUGAAGUACGAGAAGCCGCGAGAGAGGCAGCCUUGCGUGAGGUGAAGGAGCGGAUUAAGAAGACCAAGGAGGAGAAGAAGGCGAAGAAGGUAGAAGCUCAAGCCAAGGCAUCGAAGUCGGCGAUGAAGACCACAGGAAAGGCGCCUCAACCGAAGGGGCCGAAGCUGGGUGGCGGCGGAGGAAAGCGUUAAAAUCGUCUGAGGGAUGUGCCAGCAAUCGACGAACGCAAGGAUAGAGCGGCUUGCGCGACGCGUGUUGCAUUCGCUGUCUGCUUAUCCUCCUUGGUUUUAGCGGUAGGAGAACACUUGUGCGACGCCGGGUAGCAGAGUUGAUCGGAAUUUUUGUAUGCAGGGGUCCCUGUCCUCCUUUCUGUCGGUGGAAGCGCUGGCGAUGUUACUUGUUGACAUGGUGGGCAAGUAACGAUGCUAAUGUAAACAUGUUUUCGUCCGCUGGGAGCGGCUGUGAUUUUGUCUCAUGGAGGGCGUUUGUGGUGGUCGAUAACUGGUUUUGAUUGAUGCGUUGUGAUUUGAAAGGUGGCAUUUGCGGCGAAGGAGAGGAGUGUGCGCUCUUGGGAAAAAGGGAGGGGUGUGUACCCGUCGGUGCAUAUUGGGAGUCCGUGCAGUCUCUUGUCACGAGGAGGGAGGAUAUGGAAGGUGGAGUUUUUUUGUUUCUGUCGAGGCCGAUUUAAGAGAUUUGCCCCAAAGAAAUCCGUCCUUGAAGAUCGAGUUUUGAUGAAUCGUUCCGCAGAGUCAAUCAGAGUCGUCUUGCCUUAUUUCGUAUGUGAUACUCUCUGCAUCUCUUUGCAAUUGCUUCUCGUUUGCAAUUCCUUCUCUUCAUGUUUUUUUUUUUUCUUCUCCACGUAUGUAUUCUGUAUGCUCUCUGCAUUUCUCUUUCCACUUGCUGCUCUUCGUGACUUUUGUGUUUUGAUGCUACUUUAUUCGUUCGGAUAUAUGAGGUUUGCAUAUGCGUGUUUGGAAAUGGAAAUUCUGGAAAAUGAUGGAAAAUGAGAUAUCGUCGAACCCGGGCCUUAAACGAUAGGUAGAGCUGCAACGCCGAAUUAUUCAGGGUUGCUUUGUUCAGAAAUUGUCGCUGGCGUGUUGUCAACCAAUCGUUCAUUCGUAAGAAAGAUGUAAGAUGCGGCGUGGAGAGCUUGUUAUGUGUGUGCAUCUCUGUGGUCAUGAGGCUCCUAGUGCGCUUUUUCAAGUCGCCUGCCCCUUUAGCUGCCUGAUCCUGUGUAUGCGAACAGAGAGUUGUGUGGGCGCUGAGUCGCCAUAGCCAUCGAAGUGAACUUGUGUCUGAUCUGUGUUCUCGGUUACCUUAUCUUUGAGUUCUCAGUGGGCGCUUGUCGCCAGUUUGCUGCGCACCUGUUUGCAUGCAUGAGAGUGUGAAUGAAAGCGAGUCUGAUUG